CGUUUAACUAAAGGAAGGCUUUUUACACCACACCCACAUCAGACUACGACAGCCUCCUCUACCGGCUCAUACUACUUCCCUCUCUUUUUCUCUGUCUUUCCUGUCAUCAUCCACGCGUCUCUCCAUCCACUGCAGGGAUGGCUGAACUGGAGGGCUUUGAGUUUGGCAAGUCAGACUUCGUGCUCCUGGACGAGGUGACUAUGGAGCAGUUCCUGGAGAACCUAAAGCUCAGGUUUGAGAAAGGCAGAAUCUAUACGUUUAUUGGAGAGGUGGUCGUGUCAGUGAAUCCCUACAGAAAGAUGGACAUCUAUGGGAAGGAAAACAUUGAUGCGUACAGAGGGAGAGAGCUGUAUGAAAACCCGCCUCACCUCUAUGCAGUAGCUGACGCCGCCUACAAAGCAAUGAAAAGAAGAGCGAAAGACACCUGCAUAGUCAUUUCAGGUGAAAGUGGAGCAGGGAAGACAGAAGCCAGCAAAUACAUUAUGCAGUACAUUGCUGCUAUCACCAAUCCCAGCCAAAGGGAAGAAGUCGAGAGUGUGAAGAACGUGCUCCUAAAAUCAAACUGUGUUUUGGAGGCAUUUGGGAAUGCCAAGACCAACCGCAAUGACAACUCGAGCCGUUUUGGAAAGUACAUGGAUAUUAACUUUAAUUUCAACGGAGACCCAACAGGAGGACACAUCAACAACUAUCUGCUGGAGAAGUCAAGGGUCAUCCAACAGCAAGAGGGAGAGAGAAACUUCCACUCGUUCUACCAGUUGUUACGUGGAGGUUCUGAAGACCUGCUGAAGUCCCUCCAUCUUAACAACGAUCCUUCAGAGUACUUGUACACCAGCCAGGGCUCCUCAGUCACUACUUCCACUGAUGACCGGAGGUGUCACAAGGAAGUGCUGAGUGCACUGAAAGUGAUCGGGUACAGUCAGGAAGAAAUCAACUCCAUCUACAAAAUCCUGGCCACCAUCCUCCUGCUGGGAAACCUGCAGUUUGUGAGUGAUGGAGAGAGUGUGGAGUUGGCCGGAGGGGACGCAGUGAAACACAUUGCUGAGCUCACAGCGUCUGAGGACGAGAGUGUGUAUAAAGCACUGCUAUAUCGUACGGUGGCCACAGGGGGUGGUGAGGUCAUCUCGAAAGGGCACAGCGAGCAGGAGGCCAGCUACGGCCGAGACGCAUUUGCCAAGGCGUUAUAUGAGCGGUUAUUUGGUUGGAUCGUUGGUCGAAUUAACUCUGUGAUUGAGGUGAAGAACUACAACCCAGCUUUGCAUGGCAAAAACACAGUGAUUGGAGUGCUGGAUAUUUACGGUUUCGAAAUCUUUGACAAUAACAGCUUCGAGCAGUUCUGCAUUAACUACUGUAACGAAAAGCUACAGCAGCUUUUCAUCGAGCUCAUUCUCAGACAGGAGCAGGAGGAGUAUCAUAGAGAGGGAAUUACCUGGCAACAUAUCGACUACUUCAAUAACCAGAUCAUCGUGGAUCUAGUGGAACAGGCACAUAAGGGUAUCAUCUCUAUUCUGGAUGAGGCCUGUCUCACUGCCGGAAAAGUCACAGACACUGUCUGCCUCGAAAGCAUGAACAACAAGCUCGGGCAGCACCCUCACUACACGUCCCGCAAGCUGUGUCCCACUGACAAGAGCAUGGAGUUUAAUCGUCAUUUCCGCAUCCGACACUACGCCGGCGACGUCACGUACUCGGUGGAAGGAUUUCUGGACAAGAACAAGGAUCCGCUCUUUCAGGAUUUUAAGCGACUGAUGUAUAACAGUUCAGACCCAGUGCUUAAGGACAUGUGGCCUGAGGGGAAGCUGAGCAUUACAGAGGUGACCAAGCGACCACUGACUGCUGCGACUCUCUUCAAGAACUCCAUAAUCGCCCUGAUUGAUAAACUCGGCUGCAAGGAGCCGUACUAUGUGCGCUGCAUUAAACCCAAUGAGGCGAAGUCUCCAAUGCUGUUCGAUGAAGCACGCUGCAAUCAUCAGGUGGCCUACCUCGGCCUGCUGGAAAACGUUCGUGUUCGUAGAGCUGGCUUUGCCUACAGACAGCCCUACGAACGCUUCCUGCAAAGGUAUAAGAUGACAUGUGAGUACACGUGGCCUAAUCACCUUAUGGAAAGCGACCGUGAGGCUGUGGAGGCCAUUAUUGUCCAGCACAGCUUUGAGGAAGACGUGGCUUAUGGACACACCAAGUUGUUUGUUCGGACUCCUCGCUCUCUCUUCACUCUGGAGCAGGAGAGAGCUGCACUCAUUCCCAUCCUCGUCCUCUUUCUGCAGAAGGUGUGGCGUGGGGCUUUGGCACGGAUGCGAUGUCGACGCAUGCGGGCAAUCUACUCCAUAAUGGGCUGCUAUAAGCUCUACAAAGUAAAGGCUCAUUUCUGGGAGGUGGAAAGACGCUUUGCUAAUGUGCGCAACAUGGAGGACUACGGGAAGAGCGUGGAGUGGCCGACUCCACCUGCUGCCCUGCUGGAGUUCCACAAAAUCACUCAACACCUACAUCGCAGAUGGAGAGCAAGACGGAUUGUCAAGAACAUCCCUCCAUCUGACAUGGCAGAAGUGCGGGCAAAAGUGGCGGCUAUGAGCGCUCUGAGUGGAGAGAGAUUGGAUUGGGGAUACAACCGAACCUGGGAGAGAGACUACCUGGCCAGCGCAAAAGACUUUCCAUUAACCAGCUCCAACUUUGUCCGAAUCACCAAAGAGCUGAAGAACAAAGACCAGUACGGCCAAGUCCUCUUUUCAAGUUUCGUCAGGAUGCUGAACUGGUUCAAUAACACAAAGGACAGAGCUCUUCUCAUCACAGACAAGCACAUCUACCGACUAGAGCCCAAGAAACACUUUAAAGUGCAGAAACGAAUAGCAAUUGAGACUGUUACUGGUUUAAGUGUAACAAGUGGAACGGACCAGAUGGUGGCGCUACACACUGUAUCUCAUGAUGACUUGUUGCUACACAUGCAGAGGGGUCAGCUGGCAACAAAUCAGGACCGUGUCGGGGAACUCGUCGGGACGUUGUGUGAUCAUUUCGCACGGGUGAGAAACACUCCUCUGACAGUUAAAGUGUCCUCUGACAUCCAAGUCCACCUGAGCAAAAAAGUAAAGGACGUGACAGUGGAGACGAGACCUGGACAAACCACGGUUGACUUCAAGAAAAGUCGCUCGGGAUUCACUUUAGUGCUUCCUCCUUAGGAAAACAACACCCGAUUGGCUGAAAUAAAACAUGAUGUAUGCCAAGGAAAACAUCUUCUCAGUGGGAAAAACUGACUGCUCUAAUCAAGACUCUUACUUAAAUACAAAAUCCAAUGGCUACACUUUUUAUAUGCAUAUGAAUAUUUUUGUUACCAGAUGUGUUUAUAUCGUUUAAGUAGAGCACAUUUUUGUAUUUUCUCUGCAGUAUUGAUCAAUAUCAGGUAUUACUAUUAAUGUUUUUGCACUUAUUGUGCUUUUAAUACUUGCCUAUUUAAAGCAUUGCUUUAGGAUUCCAUGUUCCUAAUAUGGCUGGAGAAGUAUUUUUAUAUAUGGUGAUAUUGUGCAUUUUAUUUAUAUAGACUGAUAAGUGGCCAUUUUCUAAAACAAUCAUAUCAAGUAUUAAAUGAUUAAUGAUUUAGUUACAAAAGUAUUUAAUUUAUCUGAAUUUAUUAAGAGACAUUUCAUGAAGAGAAAGUUAUCAUGAAACGUUACAAUGUGUUAAACCACCGCAUUGUUAAAUUCUUCAAUCUGAUUGGUCAGAAGGUGGUAGUUAAAGUUCCAACACACCAGCUUUGACUCUUGUGCUGGUCAUUACUCGCCUCACAGCUUUAUAUGAAUGCACUCAUUCUAAUGUCAUUGUUAUUAACUAUAUUAUGGGCUGCAUCACAGCAACUAAUCAUGUCUUGCUUUUCUCAAACAGCACACCUCCAAGUGUUUUAUAACUUCAUAGAUGUUUCGAAAGUUUAUUAAAAUGUUUUAAUGUUGUCAUUUA